ACUUUGCAAAGUCGGCCCGCGUCCCCGCCGCCCUCGGCGGCUGUUCGGCUCUAAGGCUCGCCUCGCAGCCGCAGCGGCCCCGCGAGGAGGAGGAGGAGGAGCCGCCGCCGCCGCCGCAGCAUCAAAGACACCGAAUUCCCGCGGCCUGGGGGGAGUCAUGCUUUGCGGUCUGUAAUGUCAGCAGAACAGGAGAAGGAUCCCAUUUCGCUGAAGAGAGUUCGAGGUGGUGAUAGUGGACUGGAUGGGUUAGGAGGACCAGGUGUACAGCUAGGAAGCCCAGAUAAGAAAAAACGCAAGGCAAACGCACAAGGACCUUCUUUUCCUCCAUUGUCUGAAUAUGCUCCACCACCGAAUCCAAACUCUGACCAUCUAGUGGCUGCUAAUCCAUUUGACGACAACUAUAAUACCAUUUCCUAUAAACCACUACCUUCAUCAAAUCCUUACCUUGGCCCUGGUUAUCCUGGCUUUGGGGGCUAUAGCACAUUCAGAAUGCCACCUCACGUACCCCCAAGAAUGUCCUCCCCAUACUGUGGUCCUUACUCACUCAGGAAUCAGCCACAUCCAUUUCCUCAGAAUCCAUUGGGCAUGGGUUUUAAUCGACCUCAUGCUUUUAACUUUGGGCCACAUGAUAACUCAAGUUUUGGAAAUCCUUCUUAUAAUAAUGUACUAAGUCAGAAUGUUAACAUGCCUAAUCAACAUUUUAGGCAAAACCCUGCUGAAAACUUCAGUCAGAUUCCGCCACAGAAUGUUAGCCAAGUACCUAAUCCUGAUUUAGCAUCUAAUUUUGUCCCUGGGAAUAAUUCAAAUUUUUCUUCUCCCAUAGAAUCUAACCAUUCUUUUAUUCCUCCCCCAAAUACCUUUGGUCAAGCAAAAGCACCUCCCCCAAAACAAGACUUUAGUCAAGGAACUACCAAAAAUGCAAAUCAAAAUUCCUCUGCUCAUCCACCUCAUUUAAAUACGGAUGACACAGUGAAUCAGAGUAACAUUGAAUUAAAAAAUGUUAAUCGAAACAAUCCGGUAAAUCAAGAAAACAGCCGUUCGAGUAGCACUGAAGCUACGAACAACAGCCAUGCAAAUGGGACACAGAAUAAGCCACGACAACCCAGAGGUGCAGCAGACACGUGCACCACAGAAAAAAGCAGUAAGUCUAUCCAUCCAAGCCGUCAUGGCCAUUCGUCUUCCGACCCCGUGUAUCCUUGUGGAAUUUGUACAAAUGAAGUGAAUGAUGAUCAGGAUGCCAUCUUAUGUGAGGCCUCUUGUCAGAAGUGGUUUCAUCGGAUCUGUACUGGAAUGACUGAAACUGCUUAUGGCCUCCUAACUGCAGAAGCAUCAGCAGUGUGGGGCUGUGAUACCUGUAUGGCUGACAAGGAUGUCCAGUUAAUGCGCACCAGAGAAACUUUUGGUCCACCCACAGUGGGCAGUGAUGCUUAGUCACAGGC